AUGUACUUUCAAGCAUCCAUAGCGGCCGUCAACGUCCCAUUGAUUUCUUCAUCUAGUUUUGAUACCCCCAAUUCCGGCAAUGAUACCUCCUUCCAGCUUACCCGGCCCACCUUCGUGACGGGCGCUGCUUCUGGUAAGUCCGAAUGGGAAACCCCGAAACAUCCGCCAAUUGGCAUCGGAGAACAGACGGCUUACGCCCUUGCCAAUUACGGCAUCACCAAGCUAGCCAUCACAGACAUCAACCUCCGGGACCUCGAAGCCGUGGCGGCCAAUGUCCAGAGGCAAUGGCCCGGCGUCGAGGUCAUGCCGCUGGAGCUCGACGUCAGCAAGCCCGAGCAAGCCAAGAGCGUGCUGUCGCAGGUUGUCGAGCGGUUUGGCCGGCUGGACAUUGCCGUCAACAACGCCGGCGUCACGGGCAGGGCAGGGCAGGUCAACGACGAGCUGGAUGAGGCAGAACAGAUGGACGAGCUGGACGAGGCAGACUGGAGCAAAGUUCUCAGCACCAACCUGAGGGGCAUCCAUUUCUGUCAACAAGAGGAGCUCCAUAUCAUGAAAGACCAAGAAGAUCUCGGCCCACCGCGAGGACGGGGCUCCAUCAUCAACGUUUCGUCGCUGCACGGCCUCAUCAAGCUGCUUUAUUCCAUCCAAUACACUGCCUCCGCCGCCGCCAAGUACGACGCAGACGUCAUUGGCAUCACUCGAGCCGACGCCGUCUCGCACUCGGGCUUCAACAUUCGCAUCAAGGCCAUCUGUCCCGGCUACAUUGAGACGCCCACGACGGGCAGCAGCGCCCAGAGCCAGAUGGAGAAUCGCUCGCUGGACGAGCAUGUUAAAGAGACGCCUCUGCGCAGGUUGGGCCAGCCCGAGGAGAUUGCCGACGGCGUCGUGUUUCUCGCGUCGUCACUGAGCAGCUCUGUCAAUGGCUUUGGGUUAGCAGUCAACGGUGGGUAUAGCUGCGUAUGA